AUGUCGGGCGACGGGACUGGAGCGCCGCGGCGCAGGGUGCACUGGGUCUGCCAGUGCAAGGAGUGGAACUGGUGCGACAGGCGGGCGACCUGCAAGUCGUGCGGGAAGGAGGCGCCAGCGUGGGCGAAGCGCCUGCGCGCGGCGCACCUGCCCCAGGCCGACGGUGAGGGCUUCGUCCAGCAGCCCAGAGGGCGCUCGCACCAGCGUGCAGCACGCCGAGCGGGUGACGCCUCCAGGACAGCCUCGGCCGCCAGCACCGUGCCGAGCAGCGCGCCCAACAGCAGGGGGCGGCCGCGGGGCGGUGCCAAGCCGCCGCCUUGGCGCGAGGAGCGCGGGGAGCAGCCAGAGGAGCCAGCGUCGAGUCUGGAGCGCAGGCUCGAGGAAGCCCAGGCUCGCGUCCGCGAGGCGAAGGUCGAGAAGCAGAUCGCUGCAACCAGAGCCAAGCGCGAGCAGGCCGUGCAGCGGGCUGACUCCCUCAGAGGGAGGAUUGCGGCGAUACAGGAAGAGCUGGCCGAGACGGAGUCCGCGGUCGAGGGCUUUGACAGCCUGCUCGUCAAGCUCGAGGAGUCGAAGGCUCAGACAGUCCAGCAGGCGCUCCAGCGGGCCAUCGAGGUGUGCGGAGGCCAGCAGCCCCUGGAGACCGCGGUCGGGGGCCUCGUCACCCAGGUCAGCCAGCUGGGGGAGAUGCUCGGCCGCAACGCGGACGGCGUCGCGCCCAGGCUCCUGGAAAUCAUGGGCAUCAUUGCCACGCAGAGUGCAGCCAUCUCGGACAUGCUCCACCCCGCUGCGCCUGCUGCCGCAGCCUCGCGCUGGGCCGACGGCCUCGGCGGGGACGGGCUUGCCGUCGACGACGAGGAAGGCCCCCCCGCCCCGGCCGCUGGAGCCUCCGCCCCCGCAGUGCAGCGGCCGCCAGCGGAGGCCGCGGGGCAGCAGGCGCGGCCAGGCCCGCCCACCCAGCGGGCGAGCCCAGCAGUGGGGCCCUACGGGCCAGCCGCCGCCCGCGGGCAGUCAGGCGCGGCGCUCGGCACCUGGCCCCAGCCUGGCAAGGCCGAGCGCAGGAUCCUUGAGGAUGCCAGGGACGAGCACGAGGACGGCCAGGCCUUGGCUACCCUGGCAGCUGCUGGGGGCUACGCUCCUAUGGGCCCUCCCGCCGCCGGGUUCACGCCAGCCGCCCUUGAGAUGAGAGCGGGCAGGGCUGUGCCAGCCUGUGAGAAGGUGGCUGGGCCGCUCCGUGCAGGCUUCGACGUGCUGGACAUCUACGGCAACACAAGUGACCGUGCCUUGGAGGCGCUCGAGGCCUGCAGCGCGCGGGAGGACGCGCACCUGAUCGCCGAGGACCCGAUCCACGAGGCUGGGCCUACGUCCAGUGUGGCAUGGGGGCGGACGGUUACUGGUGAAGCUGACGGAGAGUUGCGCGGGGGGCGAGUCACCGCGUGCCCCUGCUUGGGGCGGCUCACCCGCGGCGCCGCCUUCGGCCUCAGGCUGCGGCGCGGGGAGCCCCGCAGCGCCAUCGACCUGGAUCCGCCCGUGCUGAUCACGGACUGCGCGCUCCAUUGUCUUGCAGGAUGGUUGCACUCGGGCGAGCUCCCCACGCCGAUGCUCAGAGGAGCGCCCGAGGCUGCAGCGCCGCCGCAGGCGUCAGCAGCGCAGCCCUGGGCGCACCGCGACUUCCCCGUGGAUGCAGCUGUCCUCACCCUGGGCAGCAUCGGCUGGCACUUCAGGUCCGAGCAGUGCCUCAUCACGGACGUGCGGGACAUGACGCUGAUGGGGCUUCGUGAGCUUGGCCCAGAGGCCAGCCUAGGGGCGAGGCGCGCCUCGGGUCGGCAUGAGAUGCGGAAGCUGGCCACGGCCCCGUCUUUGUGUGGCUCCUCCUCUUGGGAUGCCUGCAGGGAGCUCAUCGGGCCAGGAGGCGAGCUCGGCGAGCGCCAGAGGAGCGGGCUGGUCUCCCACCUCACGAACGCGCACUGGCCGCAGGCGAGGCUCCACAGCAGGGUCGAGUGCCACAUGCCUGCGGCCCCGCGGAGGGACUCGGUCUCGCCAGCGCUGGCGUGGAGCGCCGUGCGGGUUCGCCCCCUCGGAGUGGCAGCAGGGGAGGACGUUGCUCGGCGCGGGUUGUCUGCGCCGCCGCCCCCACAAGGGCCUCGCACGGACGCCAUGGGCAGCUGGAGGACAUGCAGGCCGCCCGACGUCAAGGCCAAUGGCAAGUUGUGCGUGGACGGCUCGUCGGUCGACCUGCAAUUCUACGCCUGGGGACACGCGGGCUGGGCUAUUGCUCAAUGCGACGACGACGGCAGCCUCGUCGCGGGCGCCCACGGGACCGUCAGGAGGGCCCCCCAGCCACAGCAGGCUGCCCGUGGCGGCGAGGACUUCGCGGUCUGGAGGUUUGUGAUCUACGCGGGCCAUGCCGUCGAGGAGGCCCUCAUCGGCUUCCGCGGCACGGCGGAGAGCCAGCACAGGGAGCUGGCCGUUGCGACGGGCCCGACCAAGGCCAACGCCCACCCCUGGAGGUGCCCCGCCGCCCUCGGACCUGGUGGCUCCAGGGCGAACAAGGUGGCCGCCCACGGCAACAGGCAGGCGGUGCUCGACGGGCUACGCACGGAGGCGCAGUGGCGCGGCACCCUGCGCGCCCGCUGCUCCGCCGAGCUGGGAGCACGGCUGCGCGCCGAGGCGGCCGUCGUCUGGCGGGACAUCGCGGAGAAGGACGGUGACUGCCUCCUCGGGUCCGACGAGAGGCAGUGGGUGAGGUUCGCCGACCAGGAGGAGCGGGCCGAGCAGGCCGCUGCAGGCAGGCCGACGGUGCAGCAGCCGCGCGUUGAGAGCGUCCGCUCGGUGGCCAGCGCGGUCGGCCUCUCCCUCGCCACGGCUGGCGCCGGCCACCUCGGCCACUCCCUGGCGUACGCGCUCCGCGACGCGGGCGAGGAGCCCCAGGAGCUGGUGGCGUGCAGCAUGUGCGGCGCCUGCAUGGUCCUCGGCGGCCGCGCUGGAGGCCGCCCUCAGCUCAAGGAGCCAUGCAUCGGGGCAAGGGCCAUCGGGCAGCGCAGCCAGCGCCGCCUCCGGGCUCGAGGGCUUCAUCCUAGUGGACGGCCGCGCGGAGGAGUCCAGCAGCGCAUGAAGAAAGGUGCUGAGUUCCCCGCGCUGAGGCUGCAGGGGCCACUGCCCCCGUCGGCCCAGGAGGCCUUCCUGGCCUGGCUGGGCCUCGAGGUGGAAGAGGGCCCCCCCCCAGCAUGUGGCAGUUCAGCGGCAGCGCCUGGGUGUGCAGGCGGCCGCGAGCAGGGGCCAACGACGCGGCCGUCGGCGGCGGUGCUGCAGGUGGUGGCGGGCAUCGACCCGCGGUUCGCCAUGCUGGCCGCGUGCGGCCAGAUCGAGCAGUGCCUCGCCGAGCGGGCGCUGGCCGCCAGCUCCACCGCGGAGGACCGCCGCGACCGCCCGCGGCGCGGCCGCGGCCUGAGCCCUGGCGGCGAGUGCUCGGGCGAGUAG